UAAUAUUGUUGGUGUAGAAAAGCCUUCUCUGCUUCUCUGACCAGUCUGUGUUGUGUACCAAAGGGAAAGCGAAGAUCUUCUCUACAAGAUUUUCCAUGGGUAACCUUCUUUAUCUUAUGAUCAUCCCCUUCUUAUUGUUCCUUACAACUACCCAUGCAAAAUCAAAUCAUCAUUGUCCACCUUCUUCUUGUGAUAAUAUCAUCAACAUAACUAGUCCUUUCCGACUUAACACCGAUCCAAAACACUGUGGCUACUCCCCUUUUGAGCUUUCUUGCGAGAACAAUCUUACUGUUUUACACUUUAAGUCUGUCAAAUACUUUGUGAGGUCAAUCAAUUAUGCCAAUUACACCAUUAGAAUUGUGGACUCCAAUCUUAACAAAACCAAUUGCUGCUCUAUCCCAAAUAACAAUCUGGACAAAGAUUCGUUCAAUGGUUUCAUCUCUCACAGCUACUUGUUCACAAAUUUUUUGAAACUAACAAAGAAAAUAGUUUUGCUGAAAUGUGAGAGUCGAGUAAAUUCCUCUGAUUAUAUAGACACCGCUCCUUGCAACAUUGGUGGUUCUUUAGCCUCCCAAUAUUCUGAAACCAAAACUACUACUACUGAUCUUCAUGGUUCUUCUUCGUCUCCUUAUUAUUAUUAUGUGGUCGAUGGUGGCUUUAAGAUUUCUGAUAUGGCGAUUGGGUGCCGCACGGAGCGAAGGACCUUCGUAUUGAAUCAGACAGUGGUGAAUGGGAGGACUACUUCUUAUGUGGACAUUCACAACCAGCUUGCUUAUGGCUUUGAACUUUCCUGGCAGAACUCACUUCUCGCUGACGAUAGGGAUCGCUGCUUCAUCAACGAUUCCAACGAUUUGCGGUGUGAUUCGUGGGAUUCAGAAUUAUUAUGGACUUUCUUGGCCACAAUGAUCUGUUUAACAUUUGGGCUGGCAGCACAUGCAGGACUAAAAUUUAUAUUGGGGACUCCAUUUGUAGUUGCUUUUUUAAUCUAUAAAUGGCGAAGGCGUCAUUUAUCAAUGUAUAAUUCUAUUGAGGAGUUUCUUCAUACACAAAAUAACCUCAUUCCUAUAAGAUACUCAUUCAGAGAGAUAAAAAAGAUGACCCAAAAUUUCAAGAACAAAUUAGGUGAAGGAGGUUAUGGUUCUGUAUUCAAAGGAAAGCUUCGUAGUGGUCGUAUUGUUGCAGUUAAGAUAUUGAGUAAAUCCAAAGGAAAUGGGCAAGACUUUAUCAAUGAAAUUGCUACAAUUGGAAGAAUUCAUCAUGUUAAUGUUGUUCAUUUGAUAGGCUUUUGUGUCCACUCCUCAAAGCAUGCUCUUGUGUAUGAUUUCAUGGCUAAUGGAUCUUUGGAAAAAUAUAUAUUUUCUCAAGAAGGAGGAGUUAUCUCCUUAAGUUGCAAGCAAAUUUUUGAAAUUUCACUUGGCGUGGCACGUGGAAUUGAGUACAUGCACCAAGGAUGUUACAUGCAAAUUUUACACUUUGAUAUUAAACCCCACAACAUUCUCUUGGAUGAAAAUUUUAUUCCAAAAGUUUCUGAUUUUGGGUUAGCAAGAUUGUGCCCAUUAGAAAAUAAUAACUUGUCCCUAACUGCAGCAAGAGGAACCUUAGGAUACAUAGCACCAGAGCUAUUUUACAAAAAUAUUGGAGGAGUUUCUAAUAAAGCUGAUGUGUAUAGUUUUGGAAUGUUACUGAUGGAAAUGGCAGGUAAAAGAAAAAAUAUAGACGCACUUGCAGAAAAUACUAGCCAGAUUUACUUUCCUUCAUGGGCACAUGAUCAAUUAAGCCAUGGAAAAAAUGUAGACGUAGCAACAACAGAUAUAGAUGGGGAGAUUUCAAAAAUUAUAAAGAAGAUGAUUAUAGUAGCAUUAUGGUGUAUACAACUAAAGCCAAGCGAUCGCCCUACAAUGAACAAAGUCAUAGAAUUGCUUGAAGGAGAAAUUGAAUGUCUACAAAUGCCUCCUAAGCCUUCCUUAUGUGAACUAGAGAAGCCGAUUAAGCAUGUUCAAGAAACAUUGUAUUCAGUUCAGUCAACAAUACCAUCAUUAACACUCCCAAGAUAAGUUCAAAUCUACAUCCAAACGCUUGGCGUUUGCAGCCUUUGCACUUUUUUUGUUUUAAAUUUUUAUAGAUUUUGUUGGUUUUUUUCUUUUGCUAUGUCAAAAUAUUAUUGCAAGCUUGGAAGACAAAAAUCAAUUUUUUAUUGGUAAUUUGUGUGAAUAAAUAAUAGAUUGAGUAGUUAAAUUAAUAUUUCAAAUAGAAACAAUCAGUCAUAA